AUGGCGGCUACUCAGGGGCGAGAAGCGAAUAACGAUGCCGGUUACAGCAAGUACAGUGACAGCGAUUUCGCUGCGCAUUUGUUGUCAUUGGAGUAUCGUAGAAGAGCUGAUUUGAAUAAUCGCAGAGUGGAAGAGCGACCGCUAAUUCCAAUCACAAUAGAUGAGGGUGACCAAACACGUGGCAUUAUUUCGGAUUGGGGUACAUCUACACCAAUGAAAGUCCAAGGUAUUGGAACUAACUUGCCAUCAUGUGAUGUGUCGCUAAUUGAGAAGGAACAACAAGCAGAGCUUGAUGUGCAGCCAGAACAAGAAACGUCAAUUGGUCAGGAAGCAAGUACAUCUCACCAUGAAAGUAGAUUGAAUACAUCUAUGUUUUCUGAUGAUGAGUUGUCUUCAGAGGAUGGUGGUGAUGACAGGGAUAUUAGUUUUCAUGACCAAACAAUGACAAUAAUUGUAGAAAUGAAUGCUGAUCAUGAUGACAUCUUGGAAAGGGAUGAUGAUGCAAAGUAUGAAUAUGUCAUUUUGUACACAAUUGGCGUCUUUAAAAUUGAAAGUACCCCAAAAAUGGCAGAUAUUUGUCAUGAUGAGAAAGACUAA